AUGGACAACAUUAUGAAUCGACCCGAGCGACUCAGCGAAGUCAACCAAGAUAAAGGCUUGGGAGAAAUUCUAACACCAGCAGAAUACCGCAAUCGCGGAAUCAAAGUGAUCCGCGCCAUUGAGGACGCCAUCCACACCAUCCCUCGUCAAGACACUCCAUAUCCCGAUUGGAACAUCCGCUAUUUCAACCCUGGCGGAGGCCAUGGGAAAGACAGUGUCGAAAGACUCUGUUUCGGCGCCUUUCGCAACAUCCUCACCGACCCAAAGCAUCCUAUCGACUUCGAAGGCUAUCACUGGUCCGACUUCAACUUCCAUUCGAAAGAAUACACCAACAGGGGUUUUGACGCAGUGUGGCCCCAAUUCAAUUGUGUCUGCAACGUGUGGGUGUCAGCGAAGGUGGGUACUGUCAUUGUGCAAAUGUCAGACACGAAGACUGAUCUUGACAUUCCCGGACUAGAUACACCACGUCUUUACAAUAGUGAGCUCAUCUACCAAGCUUGGCGCGAUGCGGUCACUGCGAAUGUGACAGGCGAACUUCCCCCAGUCCGAAUUGUGUCAAAACUAACAGAUUUGAAGUACAUCAUCCGUGCUCCAAUUGGUAACUCAGGAACCCUUGCUACCAUGAGAGAUGUUCUUCUCUCGCAAGGUGUCUCGAAAGACCAACUUGAGAGUAGAGUAACGGUGAAGCGAACUUUUGAUGACCCAUCGAGUGAUGAGUUCAAAAUAUUGAUGGGGACCGUGAAUGGAAGACCUAUUGGUAGAUUGUGCGCUGAUCACGCGGAGAGCUUGAACGGGAAACAGGUACAGAGGAUACAUGUUUGGAACGAAUUCAUACCAUCCUUUGGCGCCUUGAUCUUCGAACUAGGCGAGGAGAAAGCUUUGACCGAACUCGAACAAAGCACCCGUCAAAAAGGUAAGUCAAACACCACACAAGCUCCUUCACAAAAACCUCAACCCCCCCGUCUUCUCCCAGCAGCGCCGGCCAAAGUCACUAGGAAGAUUAGCGAGAGAGUAAAGAAUUUGAUGAAGAAAUUUCAAGAGUGA